AUGCUCCAGUUUUGGUUGGCAGCUGUGUACUCUGCAGCAGCACUUGUAUCUGCAGUAUCCGCCGAUGACAGCUACGAUGCUCAAGCUAAAGCUAUCGUCGACACUUUCUCUCACGCCCAAUUGAUUGGCCAAAUGACUCAAAUAAAUAUUGGGGCCGUCAUAGAUUCGGAAACUGGUGGUCUUAAUGAGACUGCUGUGCGUGAGAAUGCCGAGCUCUUCGUCGGAUCGUACCUUAACACGGAUUGGUCCGAACCCUAUGAAGGCAAGUACGGCUACAACGCAAGUGAGUUCCGUGAGAUGAUCGGACGUAUCCAAAACAUCACCAUGUCGGUGACCGGUGGUCAACCUAUUAUCUACGGCCUUGACUCCGUUCAUGGUGCCAACUACGUCGACGGGUCUGUUCUGACGCCCCAGCAGAUUAAUGCUGGUGCGAGCUUCAACCCCGACCUUCUCUACGAGGCGGGUCGCAUGACUGCUCGUGACACCCUUGCUGCUGGUAUUCCUUGGAUUUUUGGUCCGAUCCUCGACAUCUCGCAGAACAAGUUAUGGGCUCGCACUUACGAGACAUACGGUGAGAGCACGUACCUGAGUACGGUCAUGGGAGUCGCUCUCAUCCGCGGAAUCCAGAGCCAGAAUCAAACUGCCGCUUGCGCUAAACACUUUAUCGGGUACUCAAAGACGGCCACUGGUCACGAUCGCACUAAUGUUCUGAUAUCGGACUUUGAACUCCUGAACAAUUUUAUGCCCCCGCACUUGGCUGCGAUUAAUGAUGCUAACGUGCUGACAAUAAUGGAGAACUACAUUUCACUGAACAAUGAACCAGUGAUCGCUAACAAAAAGAUACUGAUCGACCUCCUCCGUGGCGACCUCAAAUUCAAUGGAGCUCUUGUUUCGGACUAUAAUGAGGUCAUGAACUUAAACAUGUGGCACCGCGUGGCCGACGACUAUGAAGACGCGACUAUCAGCUCUUUGACGCAGACGUCGCUUGACUUGAGUAUGAUGGAUGGCACCACUACGAUGCCUGGCACUAGCGUGGUGAAUGAAAUUAGCUUCAUCAAUGCCGGUCUAAAGCUGCUCAAGGAACAACCAGAUCAGGAGGCUCGAAUCCGCCAGUCCGUCGAACGCAUUAUCAAAACGAAGCUGAAACUCGGCCUCUACAAGAAUCCGUUGCCCGGCGCAGAACUUGUGUCGAUGGUUGGUAACGAGAAGGACAAGGAGCUUGCACUGGAGAUGGCUCGCGAAUCCAUUGUGCUGCUCCAAAACGAUGACAACGUGUUGCCUCUGUCGAAGAAAUCGUCCGUCUUCCUCACGGGUCCUUCUGCAGACGACGUUGGUUAUCAGUGCGGCGGCUGGACCAAAUUCUGGCAGGGCGUGUCUGGCAACGAUAUGUUCCCGCACGGAAUUAGUAUUCGAAAGGGGCUUGGAAACUUGGUUGGCAGUGAUUCCUUUUCCUACUUUAACGGUCUGCUGAUCAAUGGGUCUAUCUCGAACGCAAAUCUGACUAAGACUGUGGAUCUUGCUGGUCGGCACGAGUACACUAUUGCCGCCAUCGGUGAACAAACUUACGCGGAGAAGCCUGGAGAUAUUGACAACCUUGCACUACCAAAGGGUUUUGAGGAAUUCAUUGAAGCUUUGGCUGCUACAGGCACUAAGGUGAUUGUGGUGUUGCUCGAGGGUCGUCCGCGUCUGCUUGGGUCGAUUCCAGACAAUGCCGUUGCUGUAAUCGAUGCUAUGCUUCCGUGUGAGCUCGGCGGGCAAGCCAUCGCAGAGAUUCUGUACGGCGACGUGAACCCGAGCGGUAAGCUGCCGAUCUCGUAUCCGAAGGACCCGGCCAACGUCGAUAUCCCAUACAACCAUCUUGUGACGACGCGCUGCGCAUUCGACUACUGCGAAAUGCAAUGGGACUUCGGAACAGGUUUGAGCUACACGAAUUUCAGCUACUCCAACGUCACUCUGGACAAGACUUCAAUCACUAACGUGCACGACACGCUUACGGCCACAGUCACCGUCACGAAUGAGGGCUCGCGCGCUGGUAAGGAGGUCGUCAUGCUGUUCCUGAUCCAGCCGAUCCGCAGAAUCUCGGUUCCGGAGAUGAAGAAUUUGAAAAAGUUCGAGAAGAUCGAGCUGAAAGCUGGCGAGUCCAAAAAGGUAUCGUUUACGCUGUCGUAUGAUGAUUGGAGCGUAUACAAGGGUGAGAUUGGAGCUGGUCUACCGAAGAUAGUGGAGAGUACCAAGUACGUGGUGGGCAUCGGAGCAGACACCGAUUGCAACGUGUAUGGCGACCCCUCCAUCAAGAAUGGUCUUUGCGCCCAUUUCACCAUUGAUGCGAGCGGCGCUCCGGCCAUGUAA